AUGCAGUCGACGAAACCAUUUUCGAAGACUCACUGCCAGACGGCAAGCACAGAGAACAUCAGUCCCACAAAUACUGGCCCAAUCCUUAAACAAUCACCACUGGGUAGAACUCCAAUAAAGAGAGUGCGAUUUUCUCCUUCCACGACGUCACUGAAAGGAAAAUGGAACGACAUACCUGAACGUACAAAACGAUUUGCUCGUUCCUCGCCUCAAAAAGCAAGUGUGGCGAGAAGACAUACUUUUGAUGUGCGCGGCGACAAACCACAGAAGGCGGAUGGUUGCAGAGUUAGCGUCCGGGAAUGCAUGAUCAGCGGUCCCAAGAAGCUCCUUACACGGGAAGAGCUGGAGCGAGAAUGUGCCAAGAGGAAUCGUGGAAAUUCUCGGUUGGAUUCUGACGCUAUUGGCCCACAGUUUCAUGUCUCUAGGUCGGGGUCGUUUCAAAGACUGCUAGCUCAGAGACUCAGAGUGUGGCCUAGCAGCAGGCGGGGCGACCAGAAAAAAGCGGGCGAACACUUUCGUCGCGUCUCAUACCCCGAGUGA